AUGAGUGUAAAACGUUUGAAAGGAGCACAAUGGACAAAGAAAAUCAUUGCUUCAAAAAGUGAUUCUGAAGAAGAAAAUGAAUAUUUAUUAGCAUUUCGAAAAAGGAGGAGAAACAAUCCGGUACGUGUACUUAGCACCUCGGAGUCCGAAGAAGCAGAAAUGCCUGAAGUACGAUUUGAUACUCCUUCUUGCAUAAAAUGGACAUCUAAGAAACAUAGUCCAAAAAUUCAUAGUUUUACGCCACAUCAUUCGGGAUUAGUAGGGAACAAUUUAGGUCGUUCGUCAAGAAUUUUAGAUUACUUCCGACAGCUUUUUUCUGAAGAUUUAGUUAAAUUUAUUGUGGAAAAAACAAACAAAUACUGGUGUCGACAGCUUAAAAGGGAUUACUUGGACGUUUCAGAAGGGAUGGAUGUGGAUGAAUUAUAUUGUUUUAUUGCUGCGUCGUUAUUAAUGACGCGAAACAAAAAGCUAUCCUUAAAGGAAUACUGGUCUAAAGAUAAGCUUCUCCGAAGCGAUAUUUUUAGUGUAAUUAUCAGUAGGGAUCGCUACUUUUCAUUAUUGCAAAUGUUGCAUUUUACGGAUAUAGUCGGCCACACUACUGAUCGUUUACACAAAAUAAAUGAAGUAGUGGAAAUGUUAAGAACAUCAUUUAGCAAUGCGUUUCAGCCAUACCAAAGAUUAUGUAUAGACGAAAGCCUACUCCUCUACAAAGGCCGUCUGUCUUUUAAGCAAUAUAUCCCUUCGAAACGCAGUAGAUUUGGGAUAAAAUCAUUCCUUCUUUGUGACUGCAAAACAGGUUAUAUCCAAGAUAUAAUUAUUUAUUGUGGGGCUAGUACUUCUGUAACUACCGAAUAUCCAUAUAUUGGCAAGCCAGGGAACAUUGUAAUGUCGCUUUUGCAAUCUUUCCUGAACAAAGGCCAUACUGUUUAUCUGGACAACUGGUUUUCAAGUCCCACAUUGUUUAAUCUACUCCACGAAAAGGUACGAACGCCUGUGGCACAGUGCAGAAAAGACGAAAAGAUAUGCCGAAGAUAA